ACUUGCCCGUGCAAUCCUCCUUCCGGCCCCGUCUGUCUAUCUCCCUGUCUAUAUCCCUGUCUAUCUCCCGCCCUGCAUCUGCGCUUAUCUCCGCACGCCGAGGAUCCAUAAUCUGCCACGCCUCCCUCUCCGUUUGCCACCAUGCCGCCCUCGACAAGAUCCCGUUCCAGCGCCUCACCCCGGACCACCCAGGCGAUGGAGCAGCGCAUCACCCGGUCAAGAUCACGGACGCUCAUCCAGUCACCAGCAUCACCACCCAAACGGCAAAAGACCAUGCCUAUGCCGACAGCUACCGAGGAUCUGGCCGAGUCAUCGUCGUCGUCGUCGGUGCUAUCGGACGAUGCGGCGCUUUCCGGCGACUCAUCGAGCGACACCCCUCCAUCCGAUCGUGAACGAUCGCGGGGUACUCGCACGUCACCAAGAGGACUGGCCAGUACUGCAGUCGCCUCGCCUUCAAAGCACGGCUCGCCGUCGACCAGAGCACCACGGCUCAAGGCGAGGCUGAGUGCCUCCGAGAAGGAGAUGAGCGAGAUCGAGGCUCAGUUGGAGCAGUCCGACUCUGGCGUUGGGCUCGAGGACAUCCACAUGGCCCAGCGGGCGAUCUGGAGCCGCAUAUCCGAGACCCAUACUCCUUCCAAGCUCGUCGAUCUCGAGGACCAGAGCCGCAAGCUGCAUGAUUUCCUCGAAAAAACGAUCCGAUAUGGAGAAAGCAACAGCAUCCUCCUGGUCGGCGAUCGAGGAAGCGGCAAGUCGAUGACCCUCCGCAAGGCCCUGGAGGCGUUUCGAGACAACGCCGACAGCUCGUCAAAGUCGUUCAUGGAAAUCCACCUCAAUGGACUGAUCCACACCGAGGACAAGAUCGCGCUGAAGGACAUUGUUCGCCAAAUGAAUCUGGAGCAGCAGAUUUAUGAUCGCAAGAUUGGUUCAUUUGCCGAAUGCCUUUCGACCGUCCUCACGGCACUACGCCCGCAAUCCAAGAGCAGCUCCAUCCCUGUCGUGAUCAUCAUCGAAGAGUUCGAUCUGUUUGCCUCCAGGAACCAGAAGCAGUCGCUGCUCUACAAUCUCUUUGACAUUGUCCAGAACAGCGCUGGCUCUGUCGCCGUGGUCGGAGUAACGUGCCGUGUGGACGCUAUUGAGAUGCUGGAGAAGCGAGUCAAGUCGCGGUUCUCGCACCAGCAGAUCCGCUUCUAUUCGCCCAUAAAGUACGAAGGCUUUGUUUCGAUCAUGCAAAACUGUCUCACACUGCGCCAAGAAGAUAUCCACAGUGCUGAGUAUCUCGACUCGUUCAACUCGUAUGUUCAGGCGCUAUUCUCCAAUACCCAGUUCACUCGCUUGCUGAAGAGCGUAUUUGAGUUCACGCGCAAUCCGCGGCUCUUGAACUUGAUUUGUAUGACGCCGGUGUUGCAUCUCUCAAAGGCAACACCGUAUCUUUCGCACGGCGAUUUUAUUGAAUCUGUGCGAGCACAGCUGGCUGACCAGCCCAAGCAGCUGAUGAAAGGACUAUCAACCCUGGAUUUGUGUUUGUUGGUUGCGAUCAGCAAGCUCGUCUACCGAGAAGUGACAAAGUUCAAUUUUGAGAUGGUGUAUGACGAAUUCAAAGCCUACAUCUAUCGAAACCGCAGUCAGGCGGGUGCGUCCAAGCUGCUGUUUCGGAAGCCCGUGGCCCUCAAGUCGUUCGAGAACCUGCAGUCGAUUGAACUCAUCAAGCCAACGCAGAGCCUUGGGCAAUGCCCGAAAGAGUUCCGUCUGAUGGCACUUGCACUCGAUCCCAGCCAGAUCGAGGAUGCCGUCGACGAGCUCGGAGACUCUGUUCUGAAGCACUGGGUCAAUGCCGGUUAGGAAGAAGCAAGCUCAGCUCGGCGGAUGCGGCCGCUGCGGCGGGGGCAAGAUCUGGGGAAGCUGACGGCGCAAGGCGGACAAGCCGCAAGAGAUCUAGAGGAGCGGAGAUAUGCAGAGCGACAUGAGCGCCGAGAACACGGCCCAGCGGGUGUGCUCGCCGGACUGCAAGCCAGCUCGAUCAUGGUUUUUUGGGGAGGGGAAGGGAGGGGCAUGAAGACAACGCCAAUGCGGUGUUGAUGGCAAUGAAGACACAGAUGGCAAUGCCGAUGGCGAUGCUGAU